AUGAGCACUAGUGGCAAGCUACUGCAGUCGAGCAUUAAGCUCAUAGUUCCUGCGGGCGGGGCCAAGCCCGCGCCGCCCGUGGGGCCGGCGAUCGGUCAGGCGGGCCUCAACUUGAUGCAGUUUUGCAAGGAUUUCAACGCGAGGACGGAGAAGUACGUGCCGGAGACGCCCAUGCGCUGCCAAAUCCGGGCAUUCAGGGACAAAUCAUACGAGUUCACCGUCAAGACGCCGAGGACGUCGUGGUUCAUCAAGCGGUGUGCGGGGGUGGAAAAGUCCUCGCAGCAGCCGGGACACAAGGUGCAGGGCGUCAUCACGCUCAAGCACGUGUACCACAUCGCGGCGGUGAAGCAGGCGGACCAGCCCAACAUGUCGCUGCGCGCGUGGUGCGAGUCGAUCCUGGCGCAGUGCAAGUCGAUGGGCAUCGCCGUGGUGCGGGACGAGGCGGCCGCGAAGGCCUUCCCAAGAGACGGGUCGAUGCCCGCAGCAGGGAGCUGA